AGAUCAAACCGCUUCAAAGCAUCUGAAAUAAUAAUUUUCAAAAGUAAAUUUAAAUCAAUAACAACUCUUAAAUGAGCGAUAAAAAUGAAGACGAUGAGAAUGAUAAGCCACCAUAUGCAUUCUUCUUUGGUGGCAUGGGUGCGGCGUCCGCCAUAAUUUUUUCCGCCUUGGGCGCGGCAUACGGAACCGCCAAGUCUGGCACGGGCAUUGCGGCAAUGGCUGUAAUGCGUCCAGAGCUGAUUAUGAAAUCAAUUAUUCCCGUGGUGAUGGCUGGCAUUAUAGCAAUCUAUGGACUGGUGGUCUCGGUGCUGAUUGCUGGCUCCUUGUCGCCCUCCUAUACCAUACGCAAGGGCUAUAUACAUUUGGCGGCUGGGUUAUCCGUUGGAUUUGCUGGCUUGGCGGCUGGCUUUGCCAUUGGCAUUGUGGGUGAUGCUGGCGUGCGCGGCACAGCGCAGCAGCCACGCCUCUUUGUGGGCAUGAUCUUGAUAUUGAUCUUUGCCGAGGUGCUGGGUCUCUAUGGCCUGAUUGUGGCCAUCUAUCUGUACACCAAGUAAAAGUCAAUUAAAAUUGCUGCUUGCCUAACUAGAGAGCGCAUAUAAC